CGUCCCAAACUCGAUUACACCUUUGAAUCUUUGAUUGUACCAUUCAAAACAAAAUACUAAAAUUAGUAAAAGUUUCCACUUGCUUUCCCCGUAAUUAUCGCCAAAAAUAGUGUAUGCAACUAGCAAUGAACAUGGAGUCAAUAGAAAAGUGAUAAUUUUGGUGUGGGCAGGAUUUUUGACAGCAUAAAUACUAAAGAGCAGACUCCCGACUACUAUUGUCAACACCUGUCUAAAUCUUCAUCUUUCUUAUUCUCUACAAACAAUCUCAACAUCUGGUGGGAUCUGUGUUUUAGGAGAUUUGUUUUGCCAUAAUUUGCUGAAGGUUACGAAUCCAAAAUGGGUCUUUCAUCGUAUUCAACUCCAGCUGAUGUGGGAGUCUUCUGCGUAAUUCUGGUCAACACGGCCAUAUCCAUUUCCAUUUUCAAGGAGAUUUUUCUUUCAAUCCUUCAUGUCAUGGGCAUCCACAUGGCAUCUCGGGAAGAGCUCUCCUUGGAAUCCUCGGACUCAGUUGAAUGUCGUAGAACCCAUUCUGAGUUGUACGUGGAGGAGUUCCAUAGCCGAACACCAGCAAUACGUUACGACUCAAUGUUUAUUCAAGACUGCCCCAAGGAAGAGUGCUCAGUCUGCCUGUCCGAAUUCAAGCAAUAUGCAGAGGUUAAUCAUCUGUCUUGUGGCCAUGUUUUCCACAAGUCAUGCCUUGAGAAGUGGUUGAAGUACUGGAAUGUCACCUGUCCUCUUUGCAGGAUUCACAUGAUGCCUCAAGAAGUCGAGGACGAUGCUUGUCCUAUGUGAUUAAAUUAUCAAGAUGCUUCUCGAGGAAGUUCCAUUGUACUGUACAUCCUAGUAGUGUACAAAAAUGUAAGACUGUAUGCUUCUUUGAUUCACAAGUUUAGCAUCGUGUUUUGCGUCCUAUCUUAGUGACGGGUCUCUUCGACCAACAUCGUACAUGGAAAGUCUUCUGAUUCUAUGAUCCUGAGAUUUUAUUUUGAUUUCAGGCUUUAUGAAAAUAAUCCUGAUAGUAUUAUUCA